AUGAAUAGUUUUAAUAGUCUUCUAUCUUGCAUUGGCUGUUAAAAGUUCUUCAAUAAGACAAAUAGAAUACCUUAAACUCUUCCAUGCCAGGAUGUUAUUUGCUUAUAGUGCUAUGAAGUAUAGAAAUAAAAUCCUGAUUUGCAGCAAAUUGUUUGUCCCUGCGAUAAAAAUCACACCUUCAAUAAAAAUUAAUAAGUAUACGAGUCAUUGUUCAUUAUGAGACAUCUUGAUUAAAACAUGAUGUAUCCUAUUAAUUGCAGGUACCAUUCAAACGAAUAAGCAAAGAUAUAUUAUGUACAAAGUAUAGCAGAAUAAAAUUAAGAGAUCAUUAAGAAUGAGAGAUAGUUUACAUAGAAUGAGAUUGAAAAUUUGAUCCAGCAAAAUAAUAAAUACCUCAAGGUUUCUUAGCCACAAGGAAAAUUAGAUUAAGAGGAUCCAAGGAAUCAAGUCUUUGAUGAAUUAACCGAUGAGGAAAUUUCUGAUUUCGAAGAGGAAUCUAAAAAUGUUUGUAACUCACAAUGCUCGCUUACAUUUUCCCAUGAUGAGUCACUAUCAGAUUAAUAAGAUGACUAAUAAGUCAGAAUUCCAGCAUCAUUAAUAGGGUAGAAAGAAAAAUAUCUAUAAUUUAGAAAGCUAGUUGACAUAGAGAUAAGAUAGUUAGAUCAAAAUUUAUUGAGCAAACGGAUCAAUGAAUAGGGGUAGGCAAAAUUCAAAUUGAUGUUUAAAGGAAGUAGAGAUUAGUUUGAAUACUAUACCUUCCAUUGUAUAUUGACAAUGCAAUUAAUUACUUGCUAUUCUGACCCUUCAAUUAUUACUUUUAUCUUGACUGAGUUUGGCCAAAUAUUUGGAGCAUUCAAUAAGUAAGAAUUUCAUACUAGAGAAUCUACAGCCCCUAGAACAGUUAAGGAUGAAAAAGCUUUUUUAUUCUCACUAUCAAGAAAGAAAAUAUACAGCUAAUUCAGAUUUUUUAGUCAAGCAUUAGUCAUGUAAAAGCCUUAUUUGCUGAAAUUUGGCGAUAAUGAUUUAUGUAUUCAUGAGAAUUGUGAUUCAUAGCAAAAUUCAUCUGCAAAUUUAGGUGGCACUUAUUCUUAUAAGAAUGGCAUAGAUGAAUAAUAUUUGUAAUAAGAAGAAAUUAGGAAAUCAUAUUUGGGAGGAGGUGAAAAAUUUAAAGUAUUAGAAAUUGAAGUUUAUAAGGUUACAUUUUGA